AUGAAGGGGCGCGCGACGUCGUCCGCGCAGGCGUCGGGCACGCGCGCGCCAUUUACGCCGACAUGGUGCAUGAUGGACGAGGGAGGUGAUGUGGCCUGGGAGCUGCCGGAUCAUCCACCAUGGGUGCGUGUAAUCGAAGCCCCAGCCUACUUUGCCUUCCACGACUGGCAUGCUACGAUGUUGGCCUGGAUCUUCCACCCAGAGCGGAAUAGCUCUAGCAUUCGACGCGGAGAAAUCUGGCAGGAAAAGAGCUGGGAUGUACAUAUGGAGGAGGGCAUGACCCUCCGUUAUCAGUGUGUGCGCCGCCUGCUGCCUCGACGCGUGCACAUUGACCGAGGCAUGCUGCAAGAGUGCACCAUCCAGCAUGAUGGCAGUGGUCGCGGAUCGGUCGUCUAUACCACCCUGCGGGUGUCUGACCAGGCUCACGAAUCACCCGAUCCGGGCGUGUUGGACAAGCCGUACAAUGCUAACGACUGGCCCAAGCAGAACGAAGUCCCAUUUUACCACCCCGACGUGCGCGCUGUGGCCUUCCGAUACCAGCCUCAGGCACAGUCAGAUGCUGACGGCGCACCCCAGGGCUUAGUCCGCGUCGAUUUUGUCCUAUUUCCCAGCGACGGCACGCGCGUCCUGCCGACUUCGCGCCUCGGGCGCACGGCCAUGUCGCUCCUACGACUCAUGCACCAGCACAGUGUGGGACAUGCCUCUUCGUACGUGAAACGCGUGCAUCAUGAUAUACUUGUACCACGAGAUGCGUACCAAGAUUUGUACCUGCAUUUGCGGAGCAAGUACGCCGGUCCUGUCAUCGAGGCUUGGCCCGAGGUCACCGACCCCAAGAAACAUGUGUUCGAAGACAUUGGCAUCGCCGCAUGGCUCAUUCUCUUGUGGCGCGCUAUGUUCCCUGUCGAGACGCAGCACGCGUGGCCGCACUCGGCCCGGUGUGGUGGCAUUUGGGGGCACCCGCCAGGCGGCUUUGUGGACGUGGGAUGCGGCAAUGGACUGCUAGUCCAUCUACUGACCCAGGAGGUACGUCACAGCGACUCACAGCAGGGAUACCAUGGGUAUGGCUUUGAUGGCCGUGCGCGGAAGUCUUGGCCUUUGUACGAGCAAGCAGGUGCACGGCUACAAGUUCACUGGUUUGACCCUGCGGAGAUUGCGUCGACCGACGAUUCGUCGGCUAAGGCCUCGGGGCUGCCUACAGGCUCAUUCCUCAUUGGCAACCAUGCCGAUGAGCUGACACCGUGGGUGCCUGUGCUGGCAGCCCGCACACCUGCGUGCACAGGCUUCGUCAACAUUCCCUGCUGCGCAUGGACCCUGGAGGGCCAGCGCUUUGUACCCAGUAAAAGCACGUUGGAUGACUCUAUGCUCGCUGCGUGGCUGCAUGUGGACCAGAUACCAGAGCAAUCCAUGCCACCUGUACCGCUAAUGCAGCCAUCCCGAAACUGGACAGAGCGCCUUACACACCUCGGAUGGUUUGCGCACCGCGCCACGACGCCAUCGGAGCAGGGCACGCUCCAUUCCAAGCACCUGGCAUACAAUAUGUACAUUGCAAGUCUUCACAUCCGCAGUGGAUGGAACCUGGAAACGGAAGCACUAAGGAUUCCUAGCACCAAGAACAUGGCCUUCGUCGCACGUGUGAGGCUGCGCGAGGCACUCGACGAAAAUUCGUGCCGCACAAUCAUACAGGAUACCAUAUAA